ACAAGUUCAAAGAUGGCGGAUGGUGGAGAGGAUCUAAUUUUGUUUGGCGAUAAUUUUGAGGCAAUUUUAGACAUCUUUGAUGAAGAUGAAGUACUACAGGAACAGUUUUCAACUGCUGCAAGUGAAGUCCAAUCAACCGAGAUUGUUUGCAGCGAGUGUGGGAAAAAAUACAAAACAAGAGGAGGAUAUCAAAGGCAUCGAGCUGCCAAGCACAAUCCAAAUCGGAACGAGCAUCGUUUGACUUUGACUGCUAGUAUUCUAGCUGAGAUUGUACGCAAUGCAUUAAAGAACAUUUAUGAAAGGGAAGUUUUUGCAGAAGAUCUAAGGAAGGAGUUAAAACAGUACGAGUAUCAAGUGCUUGAAGAAGGAACUCAAGAAUUCUCUGUAAUGAAGGCAUUAUUUGAAGGCUAUUCAAAAAAUGGGAAUGCCGAGAAAUUCUAUGGCAACUAUUAUGCUCAAGUACCAUUGAAGUCUCCAAUGUUUUUCAAAGGACUAUCUCGUAAUGCUGCAACACUGCUUGCAAGCAAGGUAGCUGAUUUUAUCCUGUCCUACUGCAAGGGCAUUAAGUCUUCUUCUGACAGUAACCCACCUUCAUCCCAAACUGUAUUGUCAGAAAAACAAGAAGCUGGUCUUCAGUAUGUUGGUGGAUAUGUCUUGCAUAACUUGCAUAAAAAGUAUGCAAGAAACAAUACAGCAGAAAACCAACAGGCAAGGGCAAUAUUGAAAGCUGGUAAA